AUGGCUUCCCUCCUGCGGUGGGCGUUGCGCGCGGGAAAACAAGCACCUUCACCGCCGCACCAUUUUCCGAGGCCUGGCUACCGACUACCUGAGAAUGCUCCGCCGAUAGAGGAAGAGGUGUUUGCCCACUACUCUCCAUCAUUAUUUUAUCCUAUCCGCAUCGGGGAGGUGUUGAACGCCAGGUACCAAGUAGUCGGGAAACUGGGUUACGGAAGCAACUCCACCGUUUGGCUUUGCAGAGAUUUAACCGCACAUAGUUAUGUUACUGUAAAAGUGUGCAACGCCAGAUCCUCCGAAAACGAGAUUAAAGCAUACACGCAUCUCGACUCCAUCAAGACGAAUCACGCCGGCCGGUUACUAGUCCGCAAACUAGAGGACUCCUUUGAACUGAACGGUACCUCGGGAAAGUUCUCGUGCCUUGUUCAUAAACCCCUCUCUGUCAGCCUACGACAUCUUCGGAAAAAAUGCUUGAAUGAAAGAAUGCCUCUUCCACUUUUGAAAGCCACCUUGGUUCACAUUCUCAUGGCACUUGACUUUUUACAUUCCGAAGCGCACCUAAUUCAUACCGACUUGCAGGAAAAGAACAUCAUACUCGGCCUCGAGGACGACUCCGUCCUAAAAGCGUUUGAGAAUGCUGAAAGGCAAGACCCAAGCCCGUACAGGUCUUAUGGCGACCGCAUCAUCUACCGCUCCAGGGCGCUCGAAAUGCCGAAGAAGCAUGGUCGACCUACCAUUACUGAUUUCGGAGAGGCCCGAUUCGGCCAGUCCGAGUACGACGACGAUAUACAGCCUUUUGAGUAUCGUGCGCCCGAGGUAAUAUUCGCUGUACCAUGGAGCUGCAAAGUAGAUAUCUGGAACGUCGGCGUCUUGACCUGGGACCUUUUCGAGGGUAAGAACUUGUUUAGGACCAAAGGACCUGAUGGGGAAGAUAGCACUCCGCUUCAUGUUGCACAGAUGAUUGCGCUUCUAGGCCCGCCACCUACGGAGUUGUUGCAGAGAAGCCCUAGGAUAUCUGAAUUCUUCGAUGCAGAAGGGAAAUGGAAAGGACUGGCCACGAUACCGCAAACGAGCUUGGAGGAUUUGGAAGAAAACCUCCACGGAGAGGAGAAGACGCGAUUUCUUAUCUUUGUUAGAAAGAUGCUGCAGUGGAAUGCCGAAGACAGACCUUCUGCUAGAGAGUUACUAGAGGAUCCCUGGUUCGAUAAAGAGUAG